AUGACGCCCCCGAAGCGCUGGCCGGCGCCCAUCCACGUCUUAUCCUACCGCGCCCUUCUCGUGAUUCCCGUCAUCCUCGCCGUCGCGACCUUCGCGUCCCUCUUCAUCCACUCGGACGUGAACGUCGCCCUCCUCUACUCGCAAUGCCACUCGCGCGCCCGACUCCCGGCCAUCAGUAGGGUCCCCGUUCUCGGCCCGCCUGCCUGCUUCGCCGUCUCUUUCUUUCAGACAGCCCUCGACUCCGUCCGCACCUUCGCCAGCAUGGCCGCCAUCCUGUCCUUCAUCGCCGGCCUCAUGACCGUCACCACCGUCGAGGCCGCCCGCGUCUGCAACGCCCCCAACGUGCUCAUCGCCAACCCAACCGGCCCCUGGCUGGUCUUCAACCUCAUUGGCGGCGCCGUUGUGUGGCAGCUCGUCGUUAUCCCGGCCUUCUUCCACCGCUCGCGCUCCAUCCUGCUCGCCAGGAAAAAGGCCGGUCAGGAUGUCGUCAAGAGCGCCCCCUCCAAGGACCCCGACUUUGGCAAGAAGUCUCGCCAUCUCGCUGUCGACGCCGAGACUGUCGCCAUUCCCGUCAGCGUUGCAUGGGGCUUUGUCUUGCCGUCCGUCCUCAUGCUGAUCUACAACUCUCCUGUCACCAUUGCCCUCUGGCUCGUCUUCCCUGUCUGGGUAUCUCUCAUCCGCCAGGCCGUCCGCUGGGUCGUCUUGAGGCUGCAGAAGCGCCAGCACCGCACUUUCCACCUCGAGUCUCACGCAGUCUCGGUUCUGCUUGUCUACAUCGUCCCCAUCCUGUGCUCCGCCGUUUCCCACGUGUACCUUAUCUGGAGCCUCUUCCAGUGGGACGACAGAAAGGAUAUGACUCGUUCCACCAUCAAGUUUGUUCAGAUCGACGCGUUUUACAUCGGCUUGACCGUCCUCUACUGGCUUCUUGUUGAGACCGGCUGGAAGGUUCCGCUAGUGGCAGUUCUUGCAGCCCUCCCACUGGGUCCUGGUGCAGGUGUUUGUAUUGCCUGGAUCUACAGAGACGCCCAGAUCCGCGAGCAUUUCAAGCACUGGCUGUCAGAUGUCGUUGGCAGCGAGGAUGAUGGUGAAGAGGGCAGGAAUCCGGCGGGUGAGGAGACACCCCUCCUUCGUUGA